AAAUAAUAAUUUCACAUACCCAUUCCACCUUUCAUUAUAUAUACGUGUAACAGCUUCUACUACUAUCACUUCACUCUUUUCUUCCCUUAACUCUCCGUUUAGCACGUAACAAGAACUAGUACAUUACACACUGAAAACAGUACAGUACCCAAAACAACAACAACAACAAGAUCAACAACAACAUGUUACAUUGUCUUAACACUUCAGGAAAUCUAGUAGGAGGAAUCAUUUCCGACAUGACAGUGUUGGAAAGACAAAGAGCAAGGAAGAAGUUCCAACAUGAACAUGAACAAGAUCAACAAUUUUUUAUGGUUGGUUGUGAUUCUGCUCUUGGUGAGGUUGUAGCUAACUCUAUGAAACCCGGGGACCUGGGUUUCGAAAACGUCGAAGAAACUGUCAAGAAAAGGAAAGCUGAUCACAAGGUGGAUAUGAAGUCCAAAGACAAGAGGAUCAAAGUGAGUGUUGAAGAAGGUGAAUCCAAAAUCACGGAGCAAAUAAAGGGAAAUAAGAAUACAAAGUUGAAAAAUAGAGAAAAUUGUGAUGAUGUUGGUUCCAAGGAAAAUUCAAAAGGUUCAGAGAUUCAAAAUCAUAAGCCUGAUUACAUUCAUGUUCGAGCACGUCGUGGUCAAGCUACUGAUAGUCAUAGCUUAGCUGAAAGAGUUAGAAGGGAAAAAAUAAGCGAAAGGAUGAAGUAUUUGCAAGAUUUAGUACCAGGAUGCAACAAAAUUGCAGGCAAAGCUGGAAUGCUUGAUGAAAUUAUUAACUAUGUUCAGUCUCUUCAAAGACAAGUCGAGUUCUUGUCAAUGAAAUUAGCAGCUGUAAACCCAAGACUUGACUUCAACAUUGAUGAAUUGUUUGCCAAAGAGGUGUUUACUCAAAAUUUUCAAAUGAUGCAAUCGGAAAUGUCUAACCCUGCAUAUCUUCAAUUCAAUUCAGCACAACAACAAGUUUCAUGUUGUGGUGGAUUGAUAAACAAUAUGGGGAUACUCCCUCCGGAAAUUGGGGUUCGAAGGAACAUUAAUGCACCGGCAUCUGCAUCUUUACCUGAAAUCUUUCUCGACCCAUCAUGUUUCACUCAUAUCCUACCAUCCUCAACUUGGGAAGGUGAUUUUCAAAAUCUUCAUAGUGUAGAUUUUGAUCAAGGACGAUCAACAUCAUUUCCUUCUCAACCAUUUACAGGCAUGAUUGAAGCUAGCAAUCUGAAGAUGGAGAUGUAAACCAGAUCUUCUAUCAUUAUUUGUUGGAUGAGCUCACUCCAAAUGCUUCUUACCAAAAUUCUUUUUCUCUUAAAGUACAUAACAUAUUUUGGUUGUAUACUGCUCCCUAUUAUAAAUAAGAUCAUUUUAGUACCUGUUACAUUCA